GGCCAGGGACCAAGUUCUGUUCUGUGCACAGAGAGAACUGAACUUCCGAUCAGAGAGAACUGAACCCACAAAGUCCCCAUCCAAGACCUAACCCAAGUGUUUCCUAGACAGUACCAGGCAGGUGGUGGCCUGAGAAUUCUGUGCCUGCUUCCUGAGGACUGCUCCACCAUGCGACGGCUGAUGAAGUUCCGGGUCCUCUGGGACAUCCACAAAUCCUGCCAUGGCUUCCACCCUGCCCCUCAGCGCCUGCGCUGCCAGUCUUUAUCGGGAGCUGGAGCCCCAAGAUGGAAUGACUAUGAUACACCUGAGGAAUUUAACUUUGCAAGUGAUGUAUUGGACUACUGGACUCAAAUGGAGACGGAAGGCAAGAGAGGUCCAAACCCAGCCCUGUGGUGGGUGAAUAACCAAGGGGAUGAAGUGAAGUGGAGUUUCAGAGAGAUGACAGACUUAACCCGUCGUGCAGCCAACGUCUUCACACAGAGCUGUGGCCUCCAGGAGGGAGACAAUCUAGCCUUGAUUCUGCCUCGAGUGCCUGAGUGGUGGCUGGUGAUUGUAGGCUGCAUCCGAACAGGGAUCGUCUUCAUGCCAGGGACCACCCAGAUGAAGGCCAAGGACAUUCUCUACCGACUACAAGUGUCUAAAGCCAAGGGCAUCGUGACCACAGAUACCCUUGCCCCAGAGGUGGAUUCUGUGGCCUCUGAGUGUCCUGCUCUGAAAACCAAGCUCCUGGUGUCUGACCACAGCCGUAAAGGGUGGCUGGACUUCCGAUCACUGAUUCAAUCAGAAUCCCCAGUUCACACCUGUAUUAAGUCAAAGACCCUGGACCCAAUGGCCAUCUUCUUCACCAGUGGGACCACAGGCUUCCCCAAGAUGGCAAAGCACAGCCAUGGACUUGCUCUGCGAUCCUUCUUCCCUUCAUGCAGGAAAUUACUGCAGCUGAAGACGUCUGAUGUCCUCUGGUGCCUGUCAGACACAGGCUGGAUUCUAGCUGUCGCAGGGUCCCUGCUUGAACCAUGGACAGCGGGGUCUACAGUCUUUGCCCAUCAUCUGCCCCAGUUUGAUCCCAAGGUCAUUGUACAGACUUUAUUCAAAUACCCUAUUACUCAAUGCUUUGCUGCGCCCUCUGUAUUUCGAAUGAUUCUGCAGCAGAAUUCCACCAGCCUCAGGUUCCCCACCCUGGAGCACUGCUGUACUGGUGGGGAGGCCCUGCUGCCCGAGGAGCAAGAGCUGUGGAGAAGACAGACAGGCAUUCUGCUCUACCAGGCCUACGGACAGUCAGAGACGGGAAUAAGUUGUGGCACUCUCCGGGGGAUGAAGAUCAAGCCGGGUUCCAUGGGGAAGGCCAUCCCACCCUACGACAUUCAGAUCAUUGAUGACAAGGGCAACAUCCUGCCGCCCAACACUGAAGGAAACAUUGGCAUCAGGAUCAAGCCUACCAGGCCCAUAGGCGUCUUCAUGCGCUAUGAGAGUAACCCGGUGAAGACAGCCGAAGUGGAGUGUGGGGACUUUUACAACAGUGGGGACAGAGCAACUGUUGAUGCGCAGGGCUACUUCUGGUUCCUGGGGAGGGCCGAUGAUGUCAUCAAUGCCUCCGGGUACCGCAUUGGGCCGGCAGAAGUGGAGAACGCCCUGGCAGAGCACCCAGCGGUGGCUGAGUCCGCUGUGGUGAGCAGCCCCGACCCGAUCCGAGGGGAGGUAGUGAAGGCUUUCAUUGUCCUGACCCCAAAAUUCCUGUCCCAUGAUCGGGACCAGCUCACCAAGGAGCUGCAGCAGCAUGUGAAGUCAGUGACAGCCCCGUACAAGUACCCAAGGAAGGUGGAGUUUGUCUCAGAGCUGCCCAAAACCAUCACUGGCAAGAUAAAAAGAAGUGAACUCCGGAAGAAGGAGUUUGGUCAGAUGUAAUUGGCAGUAAACUCAGAAACCACUGUGUGAUGUUGGCCAAAUGCCUGGCGGCCUCAGUUUCCUCACGAUGGUGAGGGUGAGGAGAGGAACGCUGAGAGAAUUGACUUGAAAGAGAGCCAGAAGUGUCAACAUUCCAGCGUUUUUGUUCUUUUAAAUUAAUAUCAAUCACUAUCCUUCCUCCAAGUUCCCUGUUCCUUUCAGAUUGCCCAGCUGAGCGCUCAGAAUGGGGCUGAAGCAAAUUAAAUACUGACUCAGCAUCCACA